UAUUUCGAAAACAGCUGCUGGAGCAAGAGAGACUUGACAGGUACGAGAAAUUUAUUUAACAACUAUUUUUGAGACUCCGAACUUUUAGAAACAUUUAGAGACUUUAGAAAUUCUUAAAAGUAAAUAAUUGGUGAAAAAUUUUGACUAAUACUUUAAAUAAAGGGGCAUUCCAGUGAAAAAAAAAAUAUUUGAAAAAAAUGUUAUUUUAAUAAGACAAUACAUAAAUAUGUCAGAAUAAACAUUUUACAAUCGUUAAAAAUCUUUAUUUAUACCUUAAUCGGGUCUGUAAACAUCUUCAAUUUUAAAUAAAUUUGCAAGGUCGCGUAAAGUUGAGAGGACUAGGUCCGAAUAAAUAAGCAUACGUCACAUCGUGCAAAACGUCCGUAGGCUCAGCAGCACACCUUCUAAAAGUUUGUUUACUUACUGUUUACAUUGUUUGUUGAUAAGACGUCUUGUAAUAAUGACGAAGAUUUUAACUUAGAAAACGUAGAAUAGGAUAAUUCUCUUCAUGAAAAAGACUUUACAAAGCUACAGCCACACGACUUCGAACCUCUUGCGUCUCACAACGGAGAAAUUAAUAAUGAUGCAAAGUGACGAGCUGUCUUUUACUAACUCAAAGUAACCUUAAGAAACGCGAAGGCAUUGGAGAAAAAAGCUGAUAUUUCAUAAAUGAACCUAUAUGAAUACUUUCAAAAUAUACACAAAUUUUGGCCAACAAUUUCUUCGACAGUGUAAGGAAAACACGAAAGUUACCAGAGUGUAAGAAAAACACGAAAGUAAAAACAAAAAUGUUGCUACUUAAUGUAAGAAAACUGAAUAAAUAAUUAAUACCUUCAAAAAUUCGAACUCCUUUAACCUAAAAAGGAUAAUUGCAACUUUGUAAAUUCAAUCUUUUUUUGUAAGAAUUCUAUUUAUAAAAAUCAUUAGGGCUCGAUUUUUAAAAUUUUAAGAAGACUUAAAGAAUAAUUAUCUAGCUCGAUCGUCAGACAACAACAUAAUAGCUCCUGUGUAAAAUUUGAAUCCAAUAAUCUGAAAUGUUUAUUUUUGGAGCAUUUUUAACUCGUACACUAACUGGUAACUUUUAUGUUUUUCGUUACACCAACUGGUAACUUUAGUGUUUUUCUUACACAUUCUCCAGUCUUAAAUGUUCUGUUUUUCUUAGCUUCGUUCUUCUUAAAACCAGGGCAUUACCUACACAUGUUGGCCAACAAGUACCACGGUAUAGUAAAACGCACAUAAAGAUGUAGAAAGGGAGGAAAUAGCUGUCCUAAAUCAAUGAUUUUAUCAUUUCCGAAGAAAUCAUGUAUAUGUGUUCUUAAUCUUAGCCUUGACAUUCUUAUAGGUUAGGUUCUAAAGACACAUAUCUUAAACCAACCAGUUCCAAAAAAAGAAGAAUUGAAAUAUUUGCACAAAAUUUAUACAUCAUUACAUUAACCAGCUUUCAACCUUUGUAUACUUAAUUAUUUUAUAACCUAUUUUCUUUACAGCAAGGUGCAAUGCAAAAAAUGUGGACUUGGUUCAAUUUUAAAAUAUGUCAAACUCGAAAAUGUAUUUUGGGUCGUUUGAAAAACUUCCUUCUCUUCUACAUUUGAACGCUCAAAUUCAUUUGGAACUUAUUUUGAAACCGAAAUGAAAAGUUAUCACUUUAAACUAAUUAGGAAAAUUUAAGAGAAGUAUCAAGUGUACUUAAUUUAUUAAAAUGUAAUUAUGAAAGGAAAUCUGAUCGAUUAUAUAUAUGCAAAAGUUGAGUGAAAUCUUUCUAACAAGACGAAAUUUCUUGGUGUAAAAAUUCUGUUUAGAAUACAACGUCAACGUGAAAAAGCGCUGCCCAAAAUUAUGAGCAAUAUUGCCACGGUGCAUAUUCUCCUACUUGCCGUUGUUGUGCUGAGUAUUACACAAACCAACGCACAAAUAGGAAUAAAAAGAUCUUCACAUGGAAAGACUGCUUUAUUUCGAAAAAUUAGUGCAAACAUAAAACUUAACUCAACGCCAAUUACAGGUUACAGUAAUUGCAGUUUCAGAGAUUGUGGUAAAUACUGUGCUUAUAAAAUACCAUGCGAAUCCUUCAACUUCAAGACGUCAACAAAAGAAUGUGAAUUGUUAACUGUGGAUAGAAACAGCAGACCAGAUAAUAUUACCUUUAUAAAUGCAACUGGAUGGGCAUAUUAUGAUACCGGAUUCAACAUCCGACAUCCUAAUUGGAGAAACAAAUACUUGUACAACAUAUCUUGUCCAGUUAACAAAUGUGACAAAUGUACAUGCCUUCAGCCACCAGAGGAAGAAACACACCAGUGUGAUUGCUAUUCAAAAGAGGGUUUGAUUAAGUUAGCAGCUGGUAAUUGGUGCUGGUAUGUAAAUGGAGAGUGUUCUGUCAGUGAUGGUGAAAAGGUCCUUAUUAGACCUUGUGAUAAAAACGAUGUUGGUCAACAAUUUAUGUAUGAUGGUCAAAGACAUGUUUUUCAUAAAUGCUCACAGAAAAGUGUUUGUUUUAACAACAAUAGCUUGGUCGUUAAUGAGACUUGCUCGCAUCCUUGGUAUAUGACUGACUAUUCUGGGUUAUCUCUACCGCUCGAUAUCUGUCCAUACCCACUAAACGGAUUGGUCGAAUCUUACAAUGAACUAGUACAGAGCAUAAAUAAAUGCAAUAAUGAAACAGGAAUUCAAAGAUUUCAAAACGGAGUUGACGGAAGAAUUCAGGUUAAACUGUUUAAAGACAUGUCCUCCAUUUAUGGUCUUACUCACAUUCCUAAAUAUACAAACACACCUGAUGCAGUGGCAUGGUUCCAUCAAUUUUACAGAAAGUCAUAUGGUGUAGGAAUGGAAUUUUUUGGUCGUCAAUUUAAAACAGUAUUUCUUCCUCCAGAAACUGGCUCAUAUAUUUUUUAUAUGGAGGUUGACGACCAAGGAAAGUUAUACAUAACUCACCCUAACUCCACGCCAAAUUUGCUUAUAAGCAGAAGUUCCUACACAACAUCAAUACUAAAAUCAGCUACUCAGUCUUUGCUUGCUUUUGAAAAGUACAGUAUUGAAGCACUAAUGUUUGAUUACGGCUCUAUUGGUUACCUAGCUGUUGGUGUUGAAUUCCCUGAUGGCCGAGUCGAGUAUCCACUCACGGAAAAGUACCUACUACCUCCUAAUUAAUUUUUGCAUUUAAAAUUCCAUAAUAAAUAUUUAAUAAGACUUGCACGACUAAAAAGUAUUUUAAUUUUAUUUCAAAGUAGUAAGAUAUCGUUAGGGUUAUAAUACACGUUUCCCGAACUGCAAGUUUUUAAAAUUUUUAGAAUUUUUAUGUUUUGACUCUAAGAUCAUAUUCAACAUCAUUGAAUUGUUGUGUAUAUAAAUUUUUAACUUAAUCCGACAUGUGAAAAUAAUGUUUUCGUGGUAUUAAUUCUACACGGUCAAAGUCUUCUUAAUUUUUAAUUUGUACUAAUAAGCUUCUGUUUCAAGCAAAGGCCAAGCAAACAACCAACCUGUUUUCAAUAGGUUGUUUGUUUGCUGUAUGAAUCUAAAGAUUUCAUAUUUUAUCCAAGUUUCAGGUGAGGAUUUUAAAAAUUACAUUCAUUGUGUUCGACAAAUUUGAGAAAUAACAACGGUACAUCAAAGAAAACUAAUUCGGAAAACAUGUAUUUUUAGAAGUAUAAUAAUUAAAUGAAAAGAUUUUAAUAUAGGAUUGUCUGACCUGGCUAGCUCUUGACCAACUAAUGUGUGUCAUAUAUCGCAACAAGCCUUCAGAUAGUUCUCUACACCAUUACGGUAUCUGCUUUGAUUAAAAAUUCAGCACUAUAUUAUUCUGAGUUUCAAGAGCUAAUUUGAAGGAAACGGCUAACUAACAAGCAACACAUGUUAGCGUGGAAGUAUAUUUCAAGGUUUGAAGUUUCGAAUAUACAAAUGGAGGUACUGUAAUGAAAUGGUUAUUAAUUAACGAACUACAUUAAAAGUAGCGAAUAGCUGUUUGUAAUUUUUAUACUUGUAAUUUUUUUGGAGUUUUUGAAUUUAUGCACACGUGUAUUUUAUAGAUAUAAUUAUGGCACGUGUCGAUUUUUUUACAAUUUAGACGGACGUUUUUUUUAAAAAAAAAAGAGGGCGCAUAAACGCGGUU